CCGGGCUCAGGAGUUCGGCUGGCGGGGCGAGAAGGGGCUGCGGCGGAGUGCAGGUCCCGGCUGCUGAAGGUCAGAAUAAUUUACAGGAUCUAGAAGAAAGAAAUACAUUCUUCAAAUAUGGAAGAGGAUACCAAACCUCUCCUGAUCCCUGUUGGAGGUGAUGAAAGUGAUUAUGGAAUCAUGAACAUUCAGUUUAAUCCAGCAGACCUAAAAUGCAAGAGGCCAUUCCACGUAGAGCCUUCAAAUAUUGUCAGUGUGAAUGAUGACACACAAAGAGUUACAGAUGAAGCCUCAGCAAUGAAUAAGCGGAUUCAUUACUAUAGCAAGCUCACUUCUCCUUCAGAUAGGGCACUGAUUGCUCCUGAUCAUGUACUUCCAGCUCCAGAAGAAAUUUAUGUGUAUAGUCCAUUAGGAACUGCUUUCAAAAUCGAUGGUUGCACUGAUGGUUAUGGCAAAAACUCCAGCAUAGUGACAAUAUUUAUGAUCUGGAAUACAAUGAUGGGCACAUCUAUACUAAGUAUGCCAUGGGGAAUAAAACAGGCAGGAUUUACCACUGGAAUCUGUUUGAUCUUGCUAAUGGGCAGCUUGACACUUUAUUGCUGUUACAGAGUUGUGAAAUCACGGACAAUGAUACCUUUAAUAGAUACCUCAAACUGGGAAUUCCCAGAUGUUUGCAAGUACUAUUUUGGAUCCUUUGGUCAAUGGUCCAGUCUUUUAUUUUCAAUGGUGUCUCUUGUUGGAGCCAUGGUUAUUUACUGGGUACUUAUGUCCAACUUCUUGUUCAACACAGGAAAAUUUAUAUACAAUUAUGUUCAUGACAUUAACGUAACAGAUCUUGUUCCUGGUACUAAUGGGAGUACUAGAGUCAUCUGUCCAGGUACUGCCAAUGAGGAUCAACCGGGCAACAAAAGUGGGCUCUUUCCUUUUGUCAACAACAACACAAGUUUUGAGCUGUUUGAGGAGUGGUGGAGCAAAUCACGAACUGUACCAUUUUAUCUGAUUGUUGUUGUUCUGCCCCUUCUAAAUCUUAAGUCUCCCUCUUUCUUUGCUAAGUUUAACAUCCUAGGUACCGUUUCAGUUGUCUACUUAGUUUUUCUUGUUACUCUGAAGGCUGCACAUCUGGGAUUCCAUUUAGAAUUCAACUGGUUUACAGCUAAUGAUUUUUUUGUACCAGAGUUUAGAAUUCAGUUUCCUCAGCUCACAGGGGUCCUGACGCUUGCUUUCUUCAUUCAUAACUGUGUUAUCACUCUCCUUAAGAAUAACAAGAACCAGGAAAACAAUGUGAGAGACCUUUCCAUUGCUUAUCUCCUGGUGGGAUUAACAUAUCUCUAUGUUGGACUGUUAAUUUUUGCUGCAUUUCCCUCUCCACCGUUGUCCAAAGAGUGCAUUGAACAGAAUUUUUUAGACAAUUUUCCCAGCAAUGACAUCAUGUCAUUUGUUGCAAGAUUGUUCCUGCUGUUCCAGAUGAUAACUGUGUACCCGUUGCUUGGCUAUUUGGCACGAGUUCAGCUAUUAGGACAUGUCUUUGGCAAUGUUUAUCCAAGUAUUUUCCAUGUGUUGGUUCUAAACGUAGCAAUUGUAGGACUUGGAGUGACAAUGGCCAUAUUCUAUCCAAAUAUAGGAGGUAUCAUAAGAUAUUCUGGAGCAACAUGUGGUCUGGCCUUUGUAUUUGUGUAUCCAUCCCUCAUCUACAUGAUCUCCUUGCGUCCGUCAGGGCAGCUGACGUGGUCAGUGCUCAUCGUUCACAUCUUUAUAAUCAUCCUAGGACUGGCUAAUCUGAUCGCACAGUUCUUGCUGUGAAAGCGCUCAUGCUGGCUUUCACAAGUAGUAUUUUGAGAUUUGACAACAGACUUUAGCAACUCUAUCGUAAAAGCUGAGAACCUCCUGUCUGUCAAUUUCUUCCUGAGAAAAUCUGCUCCUUUGAAAGCAAAGGACAACUGUGUCUUAGUAACAGUUUUCAGGGGUUUGUAGGGAAACACAUCUUUGGAAAUGUUACAUCACAACAGAUAAAGUGGGCCAAAUUUGUAAAUGGCCCAACUCCACUGACUUCAUUGAAAGUACAUCAGGGAUGAUUUUGGCCAAAAUGUUUUUAUUUUGUAGAGAAAUAUUUCCAUGUGGAUAAAACAUGCCACCCUUCACUUUUUAGAAGUAGUUACUUUUCAGCUUUAUGCUACAGAAUUCUUUUCUUCCUGCCCUUAUUAGCAAACAAACCCUCGCAAUAUUCUACAGUGACAGUUGCACUAAUUUUCCUAUGCUGUUUGGGACUGUUAAUGACAAAAGGGUUGUAUUUGUAAAGCUAAUUUAUAGCCAAUCAGAUGACAGCACACUUGUUAAUAUAAUUUUGUGUAACCUUUUAAAAUAUAUAUAUGCAAGAAACCUCAGCUAUGGAAACAGCAUAAGAAAUCAAUACCAUUUCUACCUGCAACCGGGAUACUGCUUGCACACUAUCUGGCUUUCAAGAAUAGGUCAAGUAAUGAGGGGUGUCUGAAGUUACAGAGCAAGUUGGUGGUUCAACUAGAAGUUGGACCAGGAGCCUCCUCAUUCCAAGUCCUAUAACUGUUACCAUUAGAAUAGAUGUGUUGUGUAUUUUCGUGGGCAGGUGUACGUCAUAUAUGUACGUUGGAUGCAAAUGUGCAGAGCAUUCCUGUAUGUCCCGUGUAGUUCUUGUGCCCCUGCAGGAUUUCAGACUGUGAAAAUUCCUUGCUGUAGGAAAACUGAUUUUUUUCAAACAUCCAUUCUAUACAUGUUAUAUGACAGUAUAGUCAGAGAGGUGCAAUACAGGCAAACCGACAAAAAUAACAAAUUAAGAUUUGUGUGAAAAUUUAAAAAUCGUGUUUCAAUGUAGCUGCUUAAUAUUCAGUAUUAAAAUGUACUAUAAUCUAAUGUACAAAAUACACAUGCUAUAUAUUUUAUGCAGUAUGGUGCAGUUUCAGAAUCACUAGUGCAAAAUUGCAAAUGCAUCAUCUGUAUAUGCAAUCACCAUGCACAACUGUGCCUGCAGAUGCUCAGCUAGAUGACUAACUGGUCACAUGUACUUGGAAUUACUGUGACUGCACAGUUUCACGUGUGCAACUCUGAAAAUCUGAGUCUGUCAAUGUGCAGUGAGUAAUAACAAGGCACUACCUUGUAGGGAUGCCCUUAGGACUUUAUGGAAGUAUGCAUAUAAUUGGAAAUGCACACCACAAAGACUGAGAUUAUCAAGUCCACAAGGGUCCAUUUCUGCUCCCAUUGAAGUCUGUGGCAAAACUCCUAUUGUCUUCACUAGGAGGAAGUUCUGGAUGAGUAAUCUCCGUUUUGGUGGGAGAAGUGUCUCUGAAAAGCUGUUGCUCCAUAGCCAGUAUCUGUUAAAUACCACAUCAUGCAGGCGUAAUGCUGGUUUCUGAGUGAUGGAACAUUAACUUCUCUGAGAAAGCAUCUAAUGGAAUCACAAUCACACCUGCUGCACACAAGUGUGAAUGCACAUAUUCAGAGAGGGAAUUGUUGGUGUGAUGUUUCUAUAUCAGACCAUCAUAGCGCUCCAUCAGCCUGAUGAUGGAAUUAAAUGUCAGAUUUCAUCGCCUCUUGCCAAAAUGAAAAAUGAAUUUAGAGGUGCUUUUGGUUAGAAGUAUCAGUGUGUGGAAGAUUGGUGAGGAAAUAGGAGUCUGAGUUGGUGGAAGAGAACUUGGAGACUUUACAGUCUCCGGGUCAGGUUUGGGCCCAUUGUGGAACCUGCCCAAAACUGGAUAGACAAUCAAUGCUAUGCAAAUAGUAUUAUUGUGCACUCUUAUUGUGAGGGCAGAGUAUGCCCCAGCUCCCCACAUCUCCCUGCACAUAUUAUUCUUGUCAGAUGGGCACAUGCAUAUGCACACAUCCGACCCAGAACAUUUUGUUGUGACUCUUGUUGCAGGGUGGCUGGGGAAUGUUUUCUUUGCAGGUUUUGGGGGAAGCUGAAUGCUUUCACUCUGCCCAGAGCUUUCCUGUCAUAUGCCUAUGCGUACCUAGUAGCCAGAUUUUGGGGCUGUAAUAAAAAUUUGACAGGUGUAAAUUGAGUGAAAUGGUCUUCUGAGAAACUGAAUUCUAGAAUAAUUAAAGGGAGAAAAGUUGAAUAAUGUUUCAAUAAUAAUGAUGUGGGGGAUUGAGAGAAGCUGAAAACUGGGAAAAGAAUUUAAUUGGGGGUAAGAUUUUUGUUCUUUUAUCUGAAAGUAGAAUGGAAGGCAUAGUCUAGAAUAACUUUAUUGUAUUUCUCUAAUAAAUAACAGAUCUUUAGAGGUGAUCAAGGUCAUAUUAAUAUCAUGGCCAGAGGUCCUUGCUUAAUAUGCAAGAAAUAUAAGAAAGAGUAGGUCAGGAGGAGUUACUGUGGAGUGAAAAAACUGCUUCAAAGCAGCUACUUUUUCUUUUUGCCUUGCACAACUCUUUGUGCCUUUCAAGCAGGACUGCUGUGUACAUGUACCAGAGAGAAAUGCUUGCCCCAUGCUUGUCAUUCUCCUAUGUGCCCUUAUCUUUGGUAUUUCUUAGUUCUCUGCAGCAUAUUGUACCCACCCUUUUCUCAUGGCCUCACGGUGAUCUUGAUCCUGUAGUAUUUUAUGCAAUCAGCCAGGGUGUUUGCCAACAGGAUUGUCUGCAUGUUUACUGCAAUAUUGGGCCCAGUCCAUCAUCUUAGAGCAUCUGCACUAGCAGCGUUACAGCAGUGCAGCAGCAUUGGUGCAGCUGCACCCCUGUAAGCUCUGUGGUGUAGCCAGGGCCGGCUCCAGGCACCAGCACAGCAAGCAGGUGCUUGGUGUGGCCAACAGAGAGGGGCGGCCCAUCCAGCUCUUCAGCGGCAAUUCGGUGGCAAGUCCCUCACUCCCUCUCGGAGGGAAGGACCUGCCGCCGAAGUGCCGCAGAUCACAAUCGUGGCUGCU